UGAUGGAACAUAGGCUGCUCACUAAUAUUCUCCAUCGAACUCUAUCCUAGGCUAUCCUUUCCAGUUGUUAUUGUUGCUUUUAAUUUCGGCUUCCAAUUCUCGAUGCAAUGUGUUCUUUGGUCUUCCUCUGUUCCGUUUUCUUUCCAGAUUCUAAGUAGGCGCUUGUCUCGUGAUGCAGUUUGAUGAUUAUAUCAGUGUGUCCUAUCCAACUUCCAUGUCUUUUGUUGAUUUCUUCUUUAACUGGAAACUGGUUUGUUGUCUCCCACAGUAGCCUGUUGCUGAUGGUAUCUGGCCAACGAACAUUGAGUAUCAUGCAUAGACAAUUGUUUAUAAAUACUUGUACUUUUUUGAUGAUGGUUGUGGUAGUUUUGCAAGUUUCAUCUCCGUACAGUAGAAAUGAUAAUUAUGAAAUAGUGAUUACAAAACUUGAGAUUUUCAAGAAGAUAACAAAUGAAUGUAUUUGUUCAAGUAUCAUUAAUUUUGAAUUUUUCUGCCGAAAGUCUCUUAACACAAUUUGUGUUCACUUUGUGAACUUCAAUCAAGAAGUUUUCCCUUCAAAAUAUGGAUCAGUUCAACAAUCGAUUAUUUCUACUUUCUCCAACCUAGUAGACUAAUUAGUCUUCACUAUUGAUGAAGUUAUUUUAGGAUUGAACUAUUGUAUUGAAAUUUUUUCAAAUGUAUCAAACGCUCAUCGUAUUCCAGUUAUUGAGUCCCACAUUUCGCGCAUUUGUGAUUAUUAAGUGAACGAAAAUGGAAAAAAAUGCAAAGUAUUACAGUUUCAGCAACUGGUGA